AACUUCAUAUCAGUAAUGUCAGUGACAUGACGUGGAGUAGAAUUUGUAACUGAGUUGAACAGAUUUUUGUGAUGACAAAAUCGAAUGGAAAAAUAAUGAGGCAAACGAUAUUGCAGUAGUGCACCUUUUUUUAUUAAGUAUUUACAAACCUAUCUACAGUUAAUGUAACAUAUAGAAAAAUUAGCAGUCACGGCAGAAGCAAAUCGCGAGAAUGAUGAACGAGGAAACUACCAGCUCGAGUGGCGGCGUAUCGAAAUAUUUCAUCCGAUUAUCGCAAACGUACCAGUCGUUCCUGGACCGACUGACACCGCACACGAAAUUCCGAUGGGUUGCGGCCGUCGUCCUCAUACUGGUCUUUCUCUUGCGGAUAUUCAUCUACCAAGGAUGGUACAUCGUUACGUACGCGCUGGGCAUCUACCACCUAAAUUUGUUUAUAGCAUUUCUAACACCCAAGAUAGACCCGGCCCUUGAUUUCGAUGAUGAAGGCGGGCCCGAACUACCCACAAAGGCGAACGAAGAGUUCCGACCGUUCAUUCGUCGUCUCCCUGAGUUCAAAUUCUGGUAUGCUGUCGUCAAAAGUACUGUGAUCGGCUUAAUAUGCACUUUCUUUGAAGUUUUCGACGUUCCGGUGUUCUGGCCAAUCUUAGUCAUGUAUUUUAUCACACUCUUCUGCAUAACAAUGAAGCGGCAAAUAAUGCACAUGAUUAAAUAUAGAUAUCUACCAUUCACACACAAUAAACCCCGCUACCAGCGAGUGAACGACGCCAAGUGACAAUUAGCCGCACAGACACUGCCCCAGGAGAGGUCGGCGAGGGAUAUAGCGCCGACUCAUACCAAUAAUAAGGACGCGGAGGAUCCAAAAAGUUCAGUAGAACAAUCUCAAAUUAUAACUGUUGUUUAGAGAGAGGAGGAAGAUAGCGAGGAAACGAAGGGGACGCGAGGGAACCAAGUUCAUCUCGCAACAUUAUCCUGGAAUAUUAAUUACAUACCCAACACGUUUCAGUUAUAGUUUUCGUAUAAUUUGUCCGGCAUUAUUAUUGGGAACGCAGUGUUCUGUGCUAGUAGCGGGUUUACCUUUACUUUCGCCCUAAUCAUUUCGUAUUUUGAGUUACUUAGUUUUAAUGUGAAACAAAGCAAGAAAAUGGUAUUUAUGUUAUUGAUUAUUUGUACUCAAUGUCCUGUUUAAUACAAGAUAUAUCGUGUACAAAG